GAGAAUGCGAGGGCAAUUCUCCAGGCGGGUGCUGAGACGCGAGGUGGAUGAAGGAUCGUCGAAUCGAUCGCAUGGGGAGCCGAUUAAGCUAAUUCGCAUUACCUGGCUCAUCGGCUCGUUUACUCGACCGAAAACGCCAUAGACGCAACCGAUUGUACCCUAGAAAUCCUUUUUGAAAAGUCUGCGACCGCAAAAAUCCAUUUUUGCGACUGGUGGAUUAAAGAUCGCCCGUAAAUCUUGUAGAUAAAGUAGCUGCAUCAAUUUUUUUCUUUCAGCUUACUCUUGCAAUUCUGAAAUCUCGGCGCUCUAAAAUGUUGGAGGAUGACUCUCAUAAUUCUUUCGGAGCAAACGAAAUUCUUCGUUGCAAGAUAUUGCUCACAAGAGAUUUGACUUUGAAAAAUGGCAUUUUCAUUAAAAUAUUGCGUAAAAUUUUGCUUAGGAGGAAGAGUGGAAUGUCCCGGGAAGACGACACGAGCAAUAAGCUUAACGGAAACACGACUUGGUCCCUGACACUCUUGUCGAAGGAUUACACAAUCAGCGGCCAUCCUGUGCGAAUCGCGUUGCAUAAUACCUUUUGUAUCCUCCCGGGACGCGAAAACACGAUGGCGUGUAAGAUGUGUGAGUAUAUAAGUACCGGCGAGCUCAAUACUGUUUCGUCGUCUUUACGAUCGGCCUUCGGCUACGAGAUAUCCCAGAUGACUCGCCCAUGUGACGUGUCGAGCGUUCUCAGCAUGUUGAACAAUUAUUUCCUAUACGUAUCAACGAUACUUCGUGCGAAUGUCACGCUCAACGCUACGUUAAAAGAUAUUUUUAAAAUAAAAUCCUGCAAAACAAUUUUACUAUAUUUAGCCUUUUUAUAAUUCUUGGAGCUAAUGAAAAAGCAAGAUAUAUUAUUCCGAUUGGGCGUGAAUGAUAUUUCGAACGCUAAGUUUUGUUCGAUUUAUUUGCGAGGGAGAAAAAAAAUGAAUACAGAUAAAACAUCGAUCGGAAUCGAGCGCAUAGCAGGGAAGGUCGUUCCCUUAACGCCACGAUGAUUUUGGCAAUUCGAACGCGUCAGACGAUCUCCGACCAAACGUCAUUUUUCGCCAAUUC